AUGGAUUCUUCAGAAAUUCCGCCCUCUGACCUCAGAGAAGAGCAGCCGCCGGCGCCGGCGUCCCUGCCGCUGCCGGCGGCCUUUCUCGAGUUCCUCGGCGAUAAUGGCCUGGACCCCGCGCUGUACUCCAAGGCGGACACCAUCCCGCGCUACAUCAGGUUAAAACCAGGCACGGAGUCCAGUGUGGUGACAGAGAUCGAAAGCGAGCUCAAGUGUGAUCUCGUGAAGGUCUCGUGGCUGCCAGACUUCUAUGCGAUCCCGCCUGAAAUUCAGAUUGCUGGAUCCAAGGCUUAUCAGCAAGGGAAGAUCUAUGGGAUUGAUGCAGCUUCUGGAGCUGCCAUCUUAGCACUCGAUGUUCAACCAGGAGACCAUGUUCUUGACCUCUGUACUGCACCAGGUGCAAAGCUUUGCAUGCUUGCAGAUAUGCUUGGUAGCACAGGUUCUUUGACUGGUGUUGAUGUUGCAAAGCACCGUCUUGCAGCCUGUCGUACGAUGUUGCAGAAGUAUUCUCUUGGAGAUCGUAGUCGGCUCUUUGUUGCUGAUGGGACUUUGUUUUCCAUAUUGCCUGUGAACUCCAAUCUGGGGAGCAUGGAAGCUUUUGUUGGAAUUGAGGAUAAUGGAAGCAUAUUCUCAGAAUGGACUUCAAAGAGAUCAUGGAAAGACAGACAGAAGUCUAAAAAGGCAAAAGCAGCCGGUUCACCUCAUCUACCAUCAACUUCCGAACCUGAACUGAUAUACUAUGGCAAAGAUUCAGGAUUAAUUGGAUUGCAAAAACGUUAUGUUCUUCACCCAUCAACUGAUGCUGCUGCCUGUACAUCUGGGUAUGAUAAGGUCCUAGUGGAUGCAGAAUGUACUCAUGAUGGAUCGAUAAAACACAUUCAGAAGUUUGAGUUCUGGGGAUGGAAAACAUUAGACCGCCGUGUACUCAACGUAGAAAGAACUGGCAACCUACUUCAUCUUCAGUUAGGGCUUCUCACAAAUGGUUUUAAAUUAUUGAAAACAGGCGGAUCACUUGUCUAUAGUACUUGCAGCUUGACUGUUGCACAAAACGAGAAUGUGGUUCAGCAAUUCCUCUCAAAAUAUCCUUCAGCAGAACUGCUAAAGAUCGAUCCAGCCGAUAGUUGGCCCUGCAGAAGCGGCGACAUCCAGAAAACCUUGCGAUUCGACCCCGCGGCGUCGCAAACUAGUGGACUUUUCGUCGCCAAGUUUGUCAAGUUGUGA